AUGCCUUGCCAUAUCAAUAACUGCCAAAUCACCGACGCAUCGCACUUGAUGCAGUGUUCCGGUUCGUGUGGCAGAAGUUACCAUGCUGCGUGCGCUGGGACACAGAGGAACUACGAGAACGAAAUAACUAAUUAUAUGAUCCCGCUGUGCCGAGACUGCCAGGGAGUUAUUUCGGUUGAAGUCACAACUCGCGCCGUUCUCCUGCAACAGCAAAAGCUGACUUGCGAUAUCAAAGCUCUGAUUGAUGCUAACUUUAAGGCUUGCAAUGCCUUCAAGCAAAUGGACAACAAAAUCGAAGUUGUUCAAGAUGAAUAUGAGGGCAUUGCCACCCUCCUUGGCGAAAUGCAGCAGCAACUCAACAGACUGGAUAAAAAAAUCGACGACUCUACAUUAAACAACAACGUAACGACCGGCUUCACCGCCUGUGCCACAAUCAGCUUGCACAACACUUACAACAACAACACCAACAACAUAAUCAACAACAACAAUCCCAGCAGCAACAACACCAACAGCAUAUCCAGCUCCAACAACAACAAUCCCAGCAACGUCAACACAUUUUAG